AUGCUGAGUUCGGUGCCGAAUGAAAAUUAUAUCAGUUUAAAGGAAGUUAGAAAAUUGUUUACCAACUCUAAAUUACCAUCUCAGUUUGUGAGAAAUUAUUCGAAAAAAAUGAAUGAAUCUCCAGAUGAAUCGACAUCCAUGGUCGCAAAACAAAAAAAGUUUAUUCAUGUGCAAACUCAACACGGCUGUCCAGAAACUGCUGACGAAGAAAAUAUUGUUAUUCUUACAACAAGCUUUUCACCAGUUCGUGAAUCAUCCGAGGAAGUUGUAUGGCAUGAAGAAAUUGCAGAAGAAGAUGAAAACGGCAAGGUCAUGGGAAGUACCGUGAAGAAUGUGCAUGAACCUAGUAAUCAUUAUAAUAUUACAAAGCUAGAAAAAAAGAGUUAA